GGCUUCAUCGACUACAUGCGAUAUUUUUAUGUCCUAUGGGGAAAAAACGAAAUGAGCAGCAAUGAAGUCUGUUUGCUUCUCGGAGCGACGGGUGUGGGAAAAACUCUGCUAAUGAAACGUCUUCAUAAUAUCCUCUGUGUUCAGUUUGUUAAUUUGCAUGGAUUAGGUGAACUUGGGGCAACUCCUUCUACUCUGCCUACAGUAGGAACCAACCUUACAGACCUGACACUGAAGAGGAAGAAACUGACAGUGAGAGAGUUGGGAGGCUGCAUGGGCCCAAUAUGGCCGAGUUACUUCAAAGACUGCUCCUCUGUAAUGUUUAUGGUGGACUCAGCCAACAUUGCUCAGAUAUCCUCCUCCUGUAUCCAGCUGCUGUCAGUACUCUCUGCUGAGCCUCUGCGCAGUGCUUCUGUGCUUAUUCUCUUCAACAAGAGGGACAUGCAUUGCACUAUGAGCCUUGUAGAAGUAAAGUCACUGUUUCGAAUGGAUGACAUAAUUGCAUCUGCGACUCAGCCAAUCACAACACUGGAGCUCAGUGCCCGUUCCGGAGAAGGGCUUCAGGAAGUGCUAAGCUGGCUGGAGUCCAUCACAGUCAAGUGAUCUAUCAUACGUUUGUUCUUUGUAAAGUGAUGCUACUGUAAAAGGACCCUGAAUGAGGUCUCCAAACCUUUUGACAUGAAAUGUCAGUAUCUACGGUGUGUAAAGACUAUUAAAACACAAUUUGAGAGGGUAUAAUGUGCUCAGUAUGCGUCAGCCCCUCAAAUCAAAAACACUGGACUCAAUGAAACCAUGGCAGGAGGUACAGUAUGACAUCAAAAACGACGCUUCAUCUUAAGUAUCAUAUGAAUGUAGCGACUGCCCAUCAGGGGAAUGGAAACAAUCUAUGUUAAAUCAUAGGAGGAUCGGGCCAGUGUGUGGUUGGACACUUAACAGUUAUUUAUACUGUCAUACUAAAAAGGAUUUCUCUCAAUGAAACAUUCAAUAUCAAUAUACCUUUUUAUGCAGGAGGAAUUCUGGACAACAGUCCAUUGCAGGGAUUCGUGACUGACUGUAGUGUGAUCAUUCAAUAUGAGAGUGAUACACAGGCACAAGGCAAAACUCUCCAAGCCACUGGACUCGCAUGUUUUCAUAACAUUGGAGGACAUGUCAUAUUACACUAAGGAGGGUUUAGUCUCUGGCUGAAAAAAGGAAGCUUUUCCACCUUUAUUGUAACAGCCUAUGAGUAACAAAUGUUAAAAGAAAUCUUCCCUUGUUGCAGUGAUGCCUGUACUGUGGCACAGUAGUAAUGAGUUAUUGCGUGCAGCGGGUGUCAAGUGAAUGAUAAACUGUUG